UGAUGGCUCACAAACGAGGGGGGUGUAUUAAUCCAUGCAUAUUGGGUUAUGCGAAGCUCCACACAAAGCUUGGCAGUACUUUAUAGCCCAAAGCCCUGAGAUGACCUUCCCACUGGUACAGCCUUUAUGGCUGAUUUAGCUUUCUGAUAAAACUCAUGUUCCUCCUGCCAUUUUAUGAAGCUCUGCUGUUGUGUGAUUCACGGUCACAGCUGGAGAACUUCAGUAUCCACGGGGCUGAACAUUUUUACUGGAAGACUGGAGUGCAUGCAGAUUAAAUGCUUGUGCAAUUCCGACGUUCAGACAAUCAACACAAAGAAAAUGUGCUCAACAAAUCCGGAAAGUUGGGUGACCUUUGACGAUGACAAUCCGUUCCAAACUCCCCAGAAGUCGCUCGUGUUUCCACGCGACAACCAUUACAUUCCUAGAUCAAGAGGCCUGAAACUGAGUCUGUCACAUGACCAGACCAGCGCGUCUUCCUCCAACUCCAACACUCCUCACACAUCUCCCAUCAUUGAUUUCAUGAGCCCCGGACCUCCUUAUAAUUCCCCUCUGUGCACACCCAUGAAAGACAGUCCAGCCACUCCAUGCACCCCUAAGGCAGGAUCUUCAAACUUGUACCCCAUUCCCGAGGUUCUACUGAUUCAACCUUCUUCGUCGUCUGAGACAUCAACUUUGCUGGCAGCAAACCAAACAUCAAGCAUUCCAUCACCUGCGUUUUCAAGUCUACAUGAUUCAAGUCCGAAGUUGAAAACGAUGAAUUAUUUAGGUAGCUCAAGGAGUCCGCAUUUACAUCAAUCACAGAACAACUGCGCGUUUUCAAGCCCGUUUUGGAACAAUGACAUCACAGAUAUCGUUUGUUCCGUCGACGCAGGUAAUGCGAUAGACUCUCAGAUAAAAGAUAAAAUUCCUGCAAAACAAGAAAACAACGCAACAGAGAAAGACACAUCUAAUAACCAGAGAAGCCUUAACCAGUGUUCUUUCAGCUACGUGUGUGAAAGGCUUGAGCACUUAAAGACUGACCCACCUGACAACUCGAAGCCUCAUCUUGCCUGUGCCGAAAGAAAUAGACCUUCAUUUAUUCCGCAAAGCCUCUUUAGAAGUCAGAAGAAAGAUGGGUGGCCUUUCAUGUUGAGGAUUCCGGAAAAAAAAAACAUGAUGUCUUCCAGGCAGUGGGGACCUAUUUACCUGAAAGUUCUGUCUGGUGGAAUUCUGCAAAUGUUUUAUGAAAAGGGCCUUGAGAAACCCUUCAAAGAGUUUCAGCUUCAUCAAUUCUGCAGGCUUUCAGAACCCAAGCUGGAAAACUUAGGAGUUUCAGAGAAAAUACACUCCGUUAAGAUAGAAAAUGUAACUUACGCCGAGAAAAGGAAAUACCACCCGAAACUCGACGUGGUCCACGAAGCCGAAAUUGAGCAAAUGUUAAAAUUAGGCACCACUGAUUACUGCGAUUUAACCGAUUUUAUCGUGACGAUAGAGGAAGAGUUGAUGAUGAUCUCGCCGGUAAUGAAGCAAAAGAGAACUUAUGAAGAGCCGGAAAUGUCGGUGGAAGUAGUGGACAAUUUUUGGGCAGAAGUCACCAAAGAUGGAAAACUACAAGACAAGGCAGUGCUGUCUCAAGUGUACUGUCUUUGUUUCAUUAACAGUGGUGUAGAGUGUUUCUUGACCAUGAACGACUCCGAGCUGCAAAGAGUGUCGGAAAAUUACUUUGGAAAGGACAAUGAUGAAAAACUGAUCGAUAUUUCUGAGUAUCAUUUCCAUAAAUGUGUUAAAAAGCACGAAUUUAGUAAGUCCAGGAUAGUUAAAUUCACCCCCGUAGACGGAUGUAGGUUUGAGCUGAUGCGGUUUAAAACUCCUUGUAUAGUAGAAGAACUUCCUUUUUCUUUGAAAAGCUUGGUUGUGGUCCAGGGGGCCUAUGUGGAGCUUCAAGCUUUCCUGAACAUGUCUGCUAGAGUCUUGGCUUCUCCGCAGACACAUUUUUGUGAGAAUAUAACCAUCCAUUUCCCAGUUCCUGCACCGUGGGUAAAAGCACUAUGGACGGCAAGUCUUCAGAGACAGAGGUCCCUGAAGACCAAGAUGAACCGCAGAGCUUGCCUAGGGUCCACAUAUGAAAUUGAAUCUGAGCCUGUAAUACAAGUGACAAUCGGCACAGCUAAGUACGAGUAUGCCUACAAGGCUGUUGUAUGGAAGAUGGACAGACUCCCAGAUAAAAAUUCUAGUCCAGAUCAACCACACAGUUUAUCCUGCAAGCUUGAGCUGGGAUCAGACCAGGAGAUUCCCCGUAACUGGAAUCCCGUGGCGACGGUGCAGUUUGUCACGCCGGCUACAUGCGUCUCCGGGGCGGAGGUGAAAUCGAUGGGCAUCGAGAGUGAUAUCCAGCCCCAUAAACACGUCUUGCAGAAAGCUUGCUACAACAUACAGGUGGAGAUUGAGAGGAAACGUAUUCCAGUGAGUGGAGAAGAUCUGGACAGAGCUGGAGAUUGUAUAACACAGUGAUAGCGGAGGAACCUGUUGAUACAUUGAAUUCCCUAUAAACAUGUCAUGGUGACCUGUACAAUGCACAGGACUUCCAUUGCUGGGUACUCUGUACAGGUGUAGAGACUUAUAAAUGUGACUUACCCUCCAAUACACAGAUGACAGUGAUCGCACACACGAACGAUUGUCAUCUAUAUGACAGUUUGAAACGUAAUUCUUUCUAUUUUUAUUAUAUACGACACACUGCAUUGUUUAUGUAUUUAUCCAAAUGUGCUGUACUGGGGUUUGAUGAUUGAUGGUGCACAUUACUACGUUUCAACAUUAAAUGUACAAUUCAUAGCAAUAAUUACAGCCGUAUAUUGAGAAACUAAAA